AUGGCCUUUGCAGCUUCCCUGGCCAAGCUCCAAGCAGAGGCCAGCUGCCCCAUCUGCCUGGAUCAUCUGAGAGACCCAGGGACCACUGAGUGUGGGCACAACUUCUGUGUCUCCUGCAUCCACCAGCGCUGGGAAGGUCUACAGGGCACCUUUCCCUGUCCUGUCUGCCUCCACCACUGCCCUGACAGGAGCUUGAAGAGGAACACCCAAUUAUGUCGCAUGACUGAGAUUGUUCAGCAGAUCCCCACCAUGAGGGGAAAGAGGAAAAGGCAAGAGGAACCCCUGUGUAAGAAGCACCGUGAGGUUCUGGCCCUGUUCUGUGAGAAGGACCUGGAGCUGCUGUGUGCCCAGUGCAGGGUUGUGUCCCACCACCAGAAUCACUCCCUGAUCCCCAUUGGGGAAGCUGCAGCUAGUUACAGGAGGAAACUCAAAAGGCACAUUGGGGCCCUCACUAAUCACCUUGAAGUUGCUGGAACUGUAUAUAAAAAACAAGUUGCUAAUACUUGGGAAAUGAAGAGAAAGAUGGAAAAAUGGAGGGAGGAAUUGGACUUUGAAUGUGAAGAACUUAAGUGUUUCUUGGAAAAAGAGCGAGAUGAAAUUGAUAAAGAUCUACUUAUAGAAGAGAAGGAUGUUGAAGAAAAACUAAUUGAAAAUGGAAGGCAAAUUUCAUACCAUAUGUCCAGGCUAAGCAAUCUGUUAAGUGAAAUAGAAGAGGAGUGUUUGCAGACAGACCUGGAUUUACUCACUGGCAUCGAAAGGAUCCAGAAUAGGUAUGGAAACCUAGAGACCCCAGCAGUCUUUUCAUGUGAAUUACAGAAGGAGUUUUUCACUCUCCCCCCACAUUAUUUGGGCCUGCAUAAAAUGAUCCGCAUGUUUCAGGUAGAGUUGAAACUGGAUCCUAAAACUGCCCAUCCAGACCUCAUUAUGUCAAGUGAUAGAAGAAGUGUGACAUAUACAACAUCAGAUCGUUUUCCUAAACCCCAAGAUCUUACUUCUUACCCAGCUAUCCUGAGUUCUGAGGGAAUGGAAGCUGGCAGGCAUUUUUGGGCGGUAAAAAUAACAGGCCUAGGUGAAUAUUUCUUAGGUGUGUGUAAAGAAUCUUUCCUCAGAAAUACUCUCAUAUCACCAUCAGCAAAUAAUGGAUACUGGCAAUAUCAGCUCUUGACUCGGACAUGUGGCUCUGUCCCUAUAGGACAACGGAUGAUUGGCAUUUUUCUGGACUAUGAGUUGGGAGAGGUUUCAUUUUAUAAUUUGAAUAACAGGUCAUACAUGUAUGGAAUCGCUGAUACAUUUACAGAAAAAAUUAUGCCUUAUUUCUCCAUUGCAUCUUCUUCAGAAUCUCUUACAAUCAGCAUCAUCAGAGUCUAG